GAAGACUGGCGGCCGAGCUGCGAAGACGUGACAGGAUUGCAAUUUAGUUUAUAAAAUGGGUUUCAGUUCUUACUUUAAAUCAACCCGUAGAAUUGUGCUCUUAGCUGCCACCGGUCUGGGCGCCAUGUACAUGAUGCAUCUGCUCGCCCAGGAUUGGGUGAAGAUCCGACCCAUUCGCGGAAUAACCCAACUAGCCGGAAUGGCCGCUCAGCCGAUCCAACAGGUUAUUGCACCCAUUCAACAGGCCAGCGGGGCUCUUAAUUUAUUCCGGAGCAGGAGAGAGGCCAGCCUGAAUCACGAACUCGGUUGGGUGCGAAGGACCCAAGAUUCGGGUGGGGGCAAUGGUGCCAGAGGUGGGGGCGCGGAUCACAGGCCACCACCUGCCGUCGAUUGGAAGAGGAUCCUGUCGAGAGAUCCCUUCGAGUGCCUGCAAUCGUUGAUAUGCCAACUGAUGUCCGGAGCGGAAGCGAAAGUUCCAGAGGCUGAGUUGCUCAUGGAUUAUCUGGAGUCAUCGCUGGAGCUGGCACCGGCCAAAAUUGGUCGCGCCUUCAGUCGAGGAUUGGCCUUGAGAGGCAGCACGGAGCUGUGCUACAACGAAUAUCCAUUUUGCCUCUACUCCGCCAAAACGAUGUUGCGCAUCCUGCGUUGGUUCAGUGAAUCGGGCGAAUCGUUGCCCGUGGAUAAUGUGGCCUAGUUCGAACCCAGUCUUCAGUUUACUCAAGAGAGAGAGUUGAAAGAGAAAGUGAAAAUGUGAAACUAUUUUUAAUGAUGUUAAUAGAAUAUCAAUAAUAAAUAAAUGACAGGAUAUGAU